AAAUUUUGUAGUGUAUUAUGGUUUACACAAUGUAUUACGAUAACGUUAUGUUAUCUUUUUUACUUUAAGGAAACCUGAAAUGUCAAAAUCAUCUACGAUACACAAUUACACUCGCAGUAGCGUUUGUAAUCAUUUUAGACGUGUGACUCAUUCAGUCUGUCAGAUUGAAUUGUCGAGACGGAUGUCUUAACCUAUAAAAAAUCCAUUUUGAACGAUAGUAGUCUUUUAUAGUAUUCUUUGUUCUUAUCUUUUAGUAUAGUCUUUGAUAUAAUUAGGUGAAGUUAUAAUAGUGUAUCAGUCAUGGAGUGGUUAUUUGGAAAACGUAUUACUCCUGAGGAGAUGCUCAGAAAAAAUCAAAGAGCUUUAAACAAAGCUAUGCGAGACCUUGACAGAGAAAGAAUGAGGAUGGAGCAACAAGAGAAAAAGAUUAUUGCAGAUAUAAAGAAACUUGCUAAAGAUGGACAAAUGGAUGCUGUGAAAAUUAUGGCUAAAGAUCUUGUGAGAACUAGACGCUAUGUGAAAAAGUUCAUGUUGAUGAAAGCAAAUAUACAAGCAGUUUCUUUAAAGAUUCAAACAUUACGUUCGCAAAAUACCAUGGCACAAGCAAUGAAGGGAGUCACAAGAGCAAUGCAAAACAUGAACAAGCAAUUAAAUCUUCCUCAAAUACAGAAAAUAUUACAAGAAUUCGAAAAACAGUCAGAAAUAAUGGAUAUGAAAGAAGAAAUUAUGAAUGAUGCCAUUGAUGAUGCAAUGGAAGAUGAGGGUGAUGAAGAGGAAAGCGAUGCCAUUGUGUCGCAAGUUUUGGAUGAACUGGGUCUCCAAUUGACAGAUCAGUUGUCAGGUUUACCACAAGCAUCUGGUUCAUUAAAUGUAGCAAGUUCCAAGCAACCAGUUGCAACUGCAACAGGGAAUGAUGAAGGUGGAAAUUUGGCAGACGCGGACGCAGAUCUGCAAGCUAGGCUUGAGAAUUUACGGCGUGAAUAAAAACAUAAAAUUACAUAAGCGAAAAAUGUAUAAAAAAUGUAAAAAAAGAAUUGGUUUUGUAAGCAUAAUUAAUUAUGAUUGCUUUACCAAUCUAGUUGGAAAUGUGAAUACUUUAUUCUAGCACUUAUUAUUGAAUGCGUUCACUCAGAUAAUUGAUUGUUAUUUCUAUCGCUUAAAACAAUUAUAAAUUUGUGAUACAGGAAUGAUAAAGAAACAGAGGUGUAUAUGCUAGAUUAUGUAUUAAUCUAUAUUGUUACUUUUUUAUGAAAAAAAAGGGUAGAAAAAUGAUAUAACUUUAAGAUAAUCUAAGAAAUUUAGGUAUCUUAAAGUUCCUGUGCAUACUUGUUUCGCAUAAUUUUGUAAAAUGGACAACUUAUAUUCAAAGUGCUGAUCUAUUAUAACAAAAUACUUACUUAUUAUAUUUUAAUAAUUAUAUGUACAUAGAUUUUCUUCAGAAAUUUAUAGUUUACGUAUAUGUAUAUAUACGCUUUUAUUUUUUUAGAAAAUAUUGUACACUUAGAAGGAUAAAUAAGCAAAACAUGUUAGCAGAUUUUAUAUAAAGAAGAAAAGGUGAGAACUAAAUCAAGCUGUGCAUUAAUAUUCAAAAUAAGCACAAUGAAUAAAUUCGUUCACUGCUUUUA